CUUGUCAGUCUAAAGGAGGGUAGUUUGUCCAACUCUUUGAAUGAAAAGAACAGCUUGCAGAGAGCUCACAACACCAGGGGACGUCAGUCAACUCUCACAAUGGACACGCCAACCCGAAGCUCAAAAAGAAGCCGUUUGUUUCGAGAUGAAGAGGAACAGCAUCGUCUUCCUUCUCGAUCUCCUCGUAGAAGCCAGAGAGUUUCCACCACGCCUCAGAAGUUUUCAAAUGUGAUGACACCAGACAAGAAAACAUCACAGAAAAUUGGGCUAAGAUUAAGAAAUCUCCUUAAACUGCCCAAAGCUCACAAAUGGUGCAUCUAUGAAUGGUUUUAUUCCAAUAUUGACAGACCUCUCUUUGAAGGUGACAAUGAAUUUUGUCUUUGUCUCAAAGAGUCCUUCCCUAAUCUAAAAACAAGAAAGCUAAGCAGGGUAGAAUGGGGAACAAUCAGAAGACUGAUGGGAAAACCUCGCCGGUGUUCCUCUGCAUUUUUUGCUGAAGAGAGGACUGCUUUGAGGCAGAAGAGGCAAAAGAUACGAUUGCUACAGCAGAGCAAACUGACUGAUAUAUCAAACUGCAAAGAUCUUCCAGAUGAAAUCCCCAUGCCACUUAUUAUUGGAACCAAAGUCACAGCUCGCUUAAGAGGGCUCCAUGAUGGGUUGUUCACGGGGCAGAUUGAUGCAGUAGACACAAGUGCUGCUACGUAUCGCGUUACCUUUGACCGCAGUGGCCUGGGAACUCACACUGUGCCUGACUACGAAGUUCUGAGCAAUGAACCCACUGAGACCAUGCCAAUUUCAGCAUUUGCACAAAAGCAUAGGUCAAAUCGCUACUUUCACAAUAUAAUGACUCCCCCUAGAGGCCCGUAUCCAUCUGCUACCACUCCUGUCCUUAUGGACAAUGAUCCCCUUAUCAAUCAGUCCCCGUGGAAAAGCAAACUCUCAGGUGCUGAAGGGGAGACAUUGGGAGGGUUUCCUGUCAAGUUUUUGGUCCAAGUGACAAGACUUUCCAAGAUCCUCAUGAUUAAAAAGGAGCACAUUAAGCACUUAAAAGAAAUGAACACAGAAGCUGAGAAACUGAAGUCCUAUUCGAUGCCCAUUGACCUGGAAUUCCAGAAGCGUUAUGCUACAACAGUGCUCGAGCUUGAACAACUGAAUAAAGACUUGAACAAAGUGUUGCAAGAAGUACAGCAGUUCUGUUGUGAGCUCGCUCCAGACCAGGGCUUGGUCCCUGCCGAUCAUCCCACAGAGUUGCGGCGACGCUGUGAAGAGGAGGCCCAGCAGAUGGUGCUGCUUGGUAACUCACUACAGGAUGGACAGCAGAGUGUAUCCAACCCUAGCCUCACACAACUCAUCUCACGACUCACAGCGCUCCUCCUUCAGAUCAAGUGUCUGGCAGAUGGUGGGGACCUAAACGCAUUUGAGUUCAAAUCUCUAACCGACUCACUCAAUGACAUCAAGGCGUCUAUUGAUCCCUCUAACCUAAGUUGCUUCCAGAAUAACGUUGAGAUCCACGUGGCUCACAUCCAGAGUGGCCUUAGUCAACUGGGCAAUCUACAUGCAUUUGCUGCAAACAACACUAAUGCAGUGUGAAGGCAGCAUCGUUGUCACCUCAUAGAGGUGUGGUUUUAUGUGGUAACAUCUUUGGAAUGGGUGCUUUUCAUCUGAACUGUCUGAAGACCACAAACAAAAGCCUAGGGGACAACUUAAAAAUCAAAUGUGGGUUAUCAAAAUGACGUUUUCUGUUUUGUGCCGACAGAAACGGUCAAAGUGCCCACCUAUUUCAAUGCAAUGUUUCGCACAUGACUGACUGCAGUGGUUAUAUGUGCCAAGCAUUAAGUCUUAUAUUUUUAUAGUCCAUAUUUAUUUAUUUGAGCAGGUGUGUGUGUGACUUUGUGGGGCAGUAUUUUGCUAUCACUACAUACAGUUCCUUCUUGUUACUCUGCUAAAUUUAGGAGUGGAGGCUAAAGUAUAUUUUGUACAAUUGUAGAUAAUUGUAAAAUAUUUGAUUAUUAGAGCUUUUGUCGACAUAUCUGUUCUGUACUUAGAUGUGUUUUGUAAUUUUGUGUGCACUGAAAAGAGAUUUGAUAUUUUUUAUAAAAGGCUUUGGAACUUAAUACCUGUUAGCAUUACCACAUUGGCAUGGCUAUUGUUGCAAAUUCAAUGGUUCUCCCAGAGGUGGGUGCUUUUCUGUACAUGUAUAUAUGUUUUCUUUUCUUUUAUAUUAAACAGUUAUUCCAAAGUUA